AUGUAUCUUAUAAAAUGGCUAUUAAUAAUAAGCUUUUUAAUAGAUAUUAGCCUUUUUGGUGUACAGUCACAUCUAUUACCCAAUAGAUCAAAAUUAAAUUGCCCCACUUAUGGAAGUGUAUCUUAUGGAUUUCUUUGUUCUGGGAUAAAUAUUAUUAAGAAGAUGAAUACGUCUUCAUGGAUAGAAUGUGCUCGUGAAUGUCAGAAGCAUCAUCAAGCCAAAUCUCUUCGUAGAUGUAAAUACUGGUCAUGGAGAUCAACUGACUCAAAAUGUUGGUUAAAAACUGGGCACAAGUUCUGUGCAGGAAGAGAUGAUAUUUAUAUAUCUGGUGUUUACCCCACUUUAGUGGCAGGAGAUUGUUCCACAACUUGCAUUGUUGGAGAAUGGUCCCAAUGGUCUCCUUGUAAUCCAGAAUUACCCUGUGGUGGUUAUUCAGAACGUACUAGUCAUAUAAUAUAUCCUUCUAUAUUUCCUGGUGAGAUCUGUCCAAACAAAUACGAAAUUCGAUCUUGUAAAGGAGAUGCGAUAAGAUGUCCUUCAAAUUGCCCAAAUAAUGAUAUAGUAACUCUUGGUUGGGGUUGUACAACAAGUAUUCUACCUGGUGGUGGCUCUUUAAUUUUACCAAAUCUUGAUAUUGCCGAUUGUAUUAGCGUCUGCAAACAUAACAAGGAAUGUGCUGCAUGGUCAUUUGGUCCCUGGAACCAAACUAUUGCAAAUAGAUCCUUGUUGAAUACAAGUGAUCUAUCACCCAAAAUUGAAGAUGGAACUCUAAUAUGUAUUAUAUCUUUAAAUAAUAUUGGAUGUUUUUUUAAACAAAAGGACUGGAUUUCAGGAAAUAAUCAAACAACACCUGAUGUUAACAACUGUUCAAUUGAUUGCACCACUCAUGAAUGGACAGCAUGGUCUCUAUGUGAAAAAACACCUGGAGAGAAUAGAUACAUUAAAACUCGUUCACGUGAAAUAGCUACAUAUCCACGAAAUGGUGGGAAAGCAUGUCCUUAUCUGAAAGAAAUAAUACCUUGCACAGACCAUUCUAUAAAUUCUAAUGAAUUUCAACACGAUAUUUUAACUACUUAA